CAGGAGUCUGGUCGCGCAUCUAGGUCGUGCUCCCUGGGGAAGUUAGAUCAUUCGGACCAUUUCUUCCACAUUUUCUCCAGUGUUGGCUUGCUCGCUCUGGUAGUUCCCCCCUCACCCUUCACAUUGUUAACCGUGCCCCAUGCCUCAACUGGACAAUAACAGCGGCAAACUCUCGAAUUCUCAAUAUCCUCCUUUCUGAAAGCAAGCGUUGGGAAACAGUCGUUAUGGCAAUGCCAUUCACAUGCGCCUGGGAUCUGAACUUCGACACACCUCAGUUGAGAGCCUUGGAAUGUGGUGCUCCUGAUCUCAAAAAAUUCUAUGCACCAAAUAUUUCUCGCCUAUACAUAACCACUCGGCGCGGGUAUCUGGCCUCCCCAGCCAGACUGUGCAUCCCCUUUUACAAAAAUCUACGUCAUCUCCACCUUCGGGACGCUUACGUAUGUGCUUUAUGCUCCACUAUAACCGAUUUCCCUCGUCUAGAGACCAUUGUGAUUGAUGAAAUAUACUCGCUCAAUCAUGUUCCUAGCGCCAGAAGUUCAAGUUAUUCGGCGACACUUGAGUCAAUGACCCUCCCCCUCCCCUCCUCGCGUCGCUGGCGACAAGGCUUCAUCGACAUGUUCAGCCUCCUUGAUCUUCCCACUUUCCGGAAGUUAACUCUGGUUGGAACACCAAAAAAACCACAUGUUGAUUGUCUUUUGUCGAUGCUGGCGGUGGCACCUUUCCGGGUGCCGGUGGUGGAUUUUCAGACAGACGCACCGUUGAGGAAAGUUUGUAUGGACCAUAUCGAGUCGUUGUUCUUAGUUGUAGGAGAGGUUACUUUUUGUGGAAACGCGCUUCAGAUCGAUGAGUAUCGGAAUUCGCGACGAAAGGGAAACUGAAGCUACGUUACUCGAGAUAAGUAUACAUAUACGAAGUACAUGCCGAUGAAUUCUGUCAUGUCUUGAAGUUAAGUUUCGCAUCGAGUUUGAGCAAUGUAACCAGCCACAUCCUUGUCUUGGGCGAAUUUACCUUAUUCUCUACCUUUUCAAUAUUCGCACCAC